AGUUCUCCAUCAAUGCUUCCCAUUGUUAUUUGCCUCUCUGUUAGUCUCCCCACCUUGGGCAAGGGCUUUACCUUCUCUGUGGGGAUUAUUUCCUCAUUAAAAAGAGGAGGAAGUCUUAGCUAAGGCCUGAGAGAGUCCAAAGGAGAGACUUUGUUGAGUAUAGCAGAACACUGUACUGAAGCAGAGUCCCUCCCUCUCUGUAUGAACCAAAGGUCACUGGACACAUCCGUGAGCAGGGAGCGAUGCCCUCUCAGUCUUGCCUUGACAGUUGCUUGGAGGAGCUUUACCUGAGCAGUACAAGAGGAACAGAGGCGUGAGAGUCGGCAUGAAUGGUCAUAUGUCUAACCACCCCAGUGGUUAUGGGAUCUACCCUUCUCAACUGAAUGGUUACGGAUCUUCACCACCCUACUCCCAGAUGGACAGAGAACCCAGCUCAAGAACAAGUGCAAAGGCCCUGUAUGAACAAAGGAAGAACUAUGCCCGAGACAGUAUCAGCAGUGUGUCGGACGUGUCCCAGUACCGAGUGGAACACCUGACCACCUUUGUGCUGGAUCGGAAGGAUGCUAUGAUCACUGUUGAUGACGGAAUAAGAAAGUUGAAGUUGCUGGAUGCCAAGGGCAAAGUGUGGACUCAAGAUAUGAUCCUCCAAGUGGAUGACCGGGCAGUGAGCCUGAUUGACUUAGAAUCAAAGAAUGAAUUGGAGAAUUUUCCUCUAAACACAAUCCAGCACUGUCAAGCAGUGGUGCACGCAUGCAGCUAUGAUUCCAUUCUUGCCUUGGUAUGCAAAGAGCCAACACAGAACAAGCCAGACCUCCAUCUUUUCCAGUGUGAUGAGGUUAAGGCAAACCUAAUUAGUGAAGACAUUGAAAGCGCAAUCAGUGACAGUAAAGGCGGGAAACAGAAGAGGCGGCCCGAGACCCUGAGGAUGAUUGCAAAAGCAGAUCCUGGCAUCCCUCCUCCUCCCAGAGCUCCCGCGCCCGUGCCACCAGGGACUGUCACACAGGUGGACGUUAGGAGUCGAGUAGCAGCCUGGUCUGCCUGGGCAGCUGACCAGGGUGACUUCGAGAAGCCCCGGCAGUACUACGAACAAGAAGAGACUCCGGAGAUGAUGGCAGCCCGGAUUGACAGGGAUGUGCAAAUCUUAAACCAUAUUUUGGAUGACAUUGAGUUUUUUAUCACAAAGCUCCAAAAAGCCGCUGAAGCAUUUUCUGAGCUUUCUAAAAGGAAGAAAAGCAAGAAAAGUAAAAGGAAAGGACCUGGAGAGGGUGUUUUAACACUGAGGGCAAAACCGCCACCUCCUGAUGAAUUUAUUGACUGUUUCCAGAAGUUUAAACAUGGAUUCAACCUUCUGGCCAAGCUGAAGUCCCAUAUCCAGAACCCGAGUGCUUCGGAUCUGGUUCAUUUUUUGUUUACUCCUCUAAAUAUGGUGGUCCAGGCAACAGGUGGCCCUGAACUGGCCAUUUCGGUACUCAGCCCACUGUUGACGAAAGACACAGUUGAUUUCUUAAAUUAUACAGUCACUUCAGAGGAGCGGCAGCUGUGGAUGUCACUGGGAGAGUCCUGGAUGAAAGUGAGAGCAGAGUGGCCGAAAGAACAGUUCAUCCCACCUUACGUGCCGAGGUUCCGCAGCGGCUGGGAGCCCCCGAUGCUGAACUUCAUGGGCGCGCCCACAGAGCAAGACAUGUAUCAGCUGGCCGAGUCUGUGGCCAACGCAGAACACCAGCGCAAACAGGACAGCAAGAGGCUGUCCACAGAGCAUUCCAAUGUGUCCGACUAUCCUCCAGCCGAUGGGUAUACAUUCAGUAACAGCAUGUACCACAGAGGACCACACGUGGACCAAGGGGAGGCUGCCAUGCCUUUCAAGUCAACUCCUAAUCGCCAUGUAGAUAGAAAUUAUGACUCGGGCAAAACACAACCCAAGAAAUACGCCAAGUCCAAGUACGACUUCGUGGCGAGGAACAGCAGCGAGCUCUCGGUUAUGAAGGAUGAUGUCUUAGAGAUACUUGAUGAUCGAAGGCAGUGGUGGAAAGUCCGGAAUUCCAGUGGAGACUCUGGGUUUGUGCCAAAUAACAUUCUGGAUAUCAUGAGACCUCCGGAAUCUGGAGUGGGGCGCGCUGAUCCCCCAUACACGCAUACCAUACAGAAACAAAGGACGGAAUACGGUCCGAGAUCAGCUGAUACUCCUUCCGCCCCAUCACCCCCUCCAACGCCAGCACCGGUUCCGGUCCCCCUUCCACCUUCUGUACCAGCACCCGUCCCUGUGCCCAAGGUUCCAGCAAAUGUCACCCGUCAGAACAGCAGCUCCAGCGACAGUGGGGGCAGCAUUGCGCGGGACAGCCAGAGAUACAAACAGCUCCCAGUGGACCGAAGGAAGUCUCAGAUGGAAGAGGUGCAGGAUGAACUCUUCCAGAGGCUGACCAUCGGGCGCAGUGCCGCACAGAGGAAGUUCCACGUGCCACGGCAGAACAUUCCAGUGAUCAAUAUCACUUACGACUCCUCACCGGAAGAAGUAAAGACCUGGCUGCAGUCAAAGGGCUUCAACCCUGUGACGGUCAAUAGCCUCGGAGUGUUGAACGGAGCACAACUCUUUUCUCUCAACAAAGAUGAACUGAGGUCCGUCUGUCCCGAAGGUGCCAGAGUCUUUAGCCAAAUCACUGUUCAGAAAGCUGCUCUGGAGGACAAUAAUGGAAGCUCUGAGUUACAAGAAAUCAUGCGGAGGCGACAGGAGAAGAUCAGCGCCGCUGCCAGCGACUCAGGAGUGGAGUCUUUCGACGAGGGGAGCAGCCACUGAUUCCUCGAACUCUGUUAUUCUUGGCAUGGUUGUCGGACAGUGUUGGAUAUGCUUUGUUUGAAGAAGCCUUGAAGGGAAUGUCAAAUCUGUCAUCUUGGUAUAUGUAAUUUAUUGCCAUAAGAGGAAGCAGUAUAUACCCAAGUAAGCAGAGAACUCACUGCUUCUGUGCCCAUUGUUUUGAUUAAAACUGAGAAGUGGACAGGUGAGAUGGCUCAGCAAGUAAAGGUGCUUGCCGCCAAGCCCAAUGACCUGAGUUCGAGACCCUAGGCCUACAUGGUAGAAGGAGAGAGCUGGCUUCUGCAAGUUGUCCUCUGACCACCACGCAUAAAUAAACAAGUAACAAAUGUAAUUUUAAAACUUUUUUGAAAAAUUUAAUUUAAAAAAAAAAAAAAAAACAGAAGUUUUAAACUGUUCUCAGCUUAGGAAAUAUUUUUUCCCACUUAUCUAAGGUGUAUUCCCCUUUGCUACAUUAAUUAUCACAGCCUUGUUUGGUGAGAUGAGUGGGGACACUUUACAAUGGCAACUUUAUUCAUUGCAAAAGAUUUUAGCCAUCAAUGAAAAGUCUCAGCUUUCAGUGACUGGGAUGCCUGUCGCCCGGGAGGAGGCUCAGUUAGGCUGCCCUCUGCUUACUUGAGGUCUGUCCUCUGGCAUACCCAAUGAGAGUGUAUUUACCUUUAUUUAAAGCUCUUAAUGCCAACAGUUUUAAAAAAUCACAUUUGAAUGAACUGUACAAUGUAGCCAGACCUUGAACGUGCGGAUCGAAUAGGAGACUAUAAUAUAUUCCCAAGAAACCUUGUUCCUCUCAGCUCUGUUGAUUGCAAAACUUUGCAUAGAUUAUGCUUUGAUUUAGUUUCCCUUCUGCUUAUUAUGUAAACUGUAAUUAAACACGAGAAAGCACAAGUCAAGAGUGAGACACAUGCACUCACAAUCAAUCGAAGUAGCCCACGUUGGUGUUUAUUACAGUAUUUUGCUUAAUGAAGGCCUCAGUUAUAAAUAUUGAUAUAAAUAAGUAGUCAAAGGAUAUUGGGCCAUUGUAUGUGUUUUAUCUGUGUAACAGGGACACUUAAUUUACAUGUGCUUUAACCCCACGGAAGAGUCUAGAUAGAGAGGAGACGCAUAGCUAACCUUCAACAAAUGUUAUUUUUGGAAACACAGGUUUUGUCAUUAAACAUAAUGUUAUUUCACAUAUAUAAAGAAGAUGUUAUGUAAGAAUGUUGUAUAUUUUAACAUAAAUCCAUUUAGAGAGAU